AUUGAUCACCAGCCGUCCAUUCUCGGAACAAGGAUCUUAGGAAUGCUAUAACCACCGUCGAUCCCUAUCAAGUCUCCUCUCCCUCUCUCUCCUCUUAUAUAUAUAUAUACGAGAAUGUUCAGCGGACAAGGCAGCAAAUCUGGAGGAGAAUUCCGAAGCGAUUAAAACCUUUUCUUCGACGCGGUGACUCUGCGCCGAGCUCCGCCUUGUCCGACCCAAACCCUCCGGGGAGUCUCUGGGGCCGCAAUCCGAUGGACAGAGAGCUGGUGGAGCUCUUCGAGAGGGCGAAGAAGGCCGCCGAUGCGGCGGCCAGUGACGGGGUGUCGUCGGAUGAUCCUGAGGUUUCCCGGUGUGUGGACGCUCUGAAACGGCUCAAGGGCUUCCCGGUUUCUUACGACGCUCUCGUGGCCACUCAGGUUGGGAAACGGCUUAGGCACCUAACAAAACAUCCUACAGAGACAAUCAAAACAAUGGCUGCAGAUGUGCUUGAGAUUUGGAAGAAGAUAAUCAUUGAUGAGACAGCCAAAAAUAAAAAGAAGUCCAGCAGUGAUGAUAAAUUGUUGCAGAAAAAUGAGAAAGCAGAUAGCAUCAAAUUUGAGAAGGGGCAGAAGGCAGGUGCAGUAAAGGUCGAUAAAUCUUCACAUGUAGAAACAGUGAAAGUUGAGAAAAUUUACAAAGGUGAUUCCACCAAGUUGGUGUCAAGUUCUCAAACCACCAAAGUUGAGAAAAAUGUUGUAGACACACUUACUCUAAUGUCUGAGAAGAAUGACAGAGAAGUCAAAGAAGAGAAACAGCCAUUGAACACUAAAAAACCAUUAGCUGGGUCUAAUGCUCCUCCGAAGUUGACAGGAUUGGUCAAGUGCAAUGAUUCUCUUCGUGACAAAGUUAGAGAACUACUUGUUGAGGCACUGUCUAAGGUUGUCAGCGAGGCUGACGAUGAUAUUAAGAACGAAGUAAAUGCAUGCGAUCCAAUCCGAGUUGCUGUCACCGUUGAAUCCCUCAUGUUUGAGAAGAUGGGUCGGUCCAACGGAACCCAAAAAUUCAAAUAUCGAUCGAUCAUGUUCAACAUCAAGGACCCGAACAAUCCAGACCUAAGAAGGAAAGUUCUUCUUGGGGAAGUUAAACCAGAGAGGCUCAUCACAAUGACCCCAGAUGAAAUGGCCAGUGAUCAAAGGCAGCUUGAGAAUCACCAAAUUAAAGAGAAAGCUUUGUUCGACUGUGAACGUGGUGGCCCGCCAAAAGCCACAACUGAUCAGUUCAAGUGUGGUCGCUGUGGCCAGCGGAAGACUACUUAUUAUCAAUUGCAAACUAGGAGUGCAGAUGAGCCUAUGACAACUUUUGUGACUUGUGUAAAUUGUAACAACCACUGGAAGUUCUGCUGAAUUGCGCAAUCUAUCGUAUGGGUCGUCAUCAGUUACUCGGUGAAACCAUCUUUAAUUUCAGGAGACCGACCUCGUGAAUUCGUUUGUUCCUGGAAGAUUAGUUGUGGGCAUUAUCCAGCUGUGGCUGAGGUCGUGACGACAAGCACCAAAGCAUGUCUGGUACAUUAUCAUUGAUGUGGUGUUUGUAAGCCUCUCAUUUGUUCUCUUCUGUAGAAUAUAAGUUGUCUGUGGAUGCAUGCUUUGCGGAAUCCAUGGGUCAUGUUUAAUGUAGGCUUUCAUAGCUCCACAGUAGGUGCAGUGUGCUCCUCAAGAGGCCCCAAUUCUUGGUCAAGAUCUCGACCACAUUGGUUGAGAGUAGUAAGGGUGAUAUGGGCUAUCUUGGGUGAUAGAGUUUUCUGUUUUAAUCAGAGUAGUAGCUAGAGCUAAUUCUCUGCAGACUCUCUAAAUGACUUUCAAUCUAUUUUUCAUUGAACUGCUUUUCUUGGUUUGUAUCUUAAAUAACUCCGUUAAUCAAUUUCUCUUGGAAGUCUUUGGAUAUAAAUCUAGAUCUUUGUGUUGCAUGAA